AUGUCAGGAGUUCCAGAGGGGGAUCCCGAGGGUCUAGGGCCCCUGGGGCUGCCAGCCUUGGGCAUUGCUCCCUUAGCCAACAUGGACAGCAAACUUACGGUGCUGAGCGAGAAGGUUGACAGACUCCUACAUUUCCAAGAAGAUGUCACAGAGAAGCUGCAAUGUGUGUGCCGGGGCAUGCACCAGCUGGAACAAGGUCUACAUCGGCUGGAGGCCUCCCGCGAGUUGAGUCUGUCAGCGCCUGACGGCCCUCUUCCAGCCACUGCUCAGGCUGCGUGGCCUGAGGUCCUGGAGCUGGUGAGGGCAGUGCGGCAGGAGGGUGCCCAGCAUGGUGCCAGGCUCGAAGCCCUCUUCAAGAUGAUGGUGGCUUUGGACAGGGCUAUUACUUUGGUAGGGGCCACAUUCCAGAACUCAAAGGUGGACGAUUUAAUCACGCAAGAGAACGUGCCCUGGAGGAAGGGCAGCCUGGCUGCUGGCUCCGAGGAGAACAAGGAGCCAACAGAAGCUACGGGAGUCAAGCCGAAGCAUGCGCUGAGUACCCAAGGUGAGCAAGCUGACCCCGCCAGGAGACUGUGGGUAGAGAGCCAGAAGGAGGACACAGAAGUGGGGGCAGUGGAGAGGCUGCCUCUCAUCAUCAGUACUUCACUGAAGGGAGCUGACUCCACCCAGGCGGGAGCUUCACUGAGGCAGGAAACUGAAGUUCUUGGCCUAGGCCAAGCACCCCCAUCCACAGAGGCGGAACCCAGGCUUCUGGGAACGUCUGGUGAGAAUACUGGGGCUACCCUGGAGUUGUCUGUCGCACUCGACAGAAUCAGCGAGGUCCUCAGCAAUCUCAAGAUGUCGCAAAGUGCAGGACAAGGAACCUCGUCCAGCAAGCCUGACUGUUGGCUCUCAGAAGAGAGCAUGAGACUGAAUUCAGGGCUUAGCCCUCCGCCCGUAGGGUCACUAACUCCGGCCAGUGAAGUCCACGGUGGUGAGGCAUUUUCCAGGAUCUCUAUCCUUGUACAAGAGAUGGCUGCUCCUGGGGAGAUGCUUGAGACCCAGAGGGGCAGUCCCAUGGCCUCUGCAGAAACUCCAGCAGUUACCCAGCCUCGUGAGCAGGACCCACAUCCCGAGGGCCCUGGAACUGCGCUGGAAGACCAAAUCCCUAAAGGAGAGUCCCUAAAGGAGAGUCCAUUUCUACCACUACCAAAGAGGAGUAGCAGCAAUGGAGGAGCAAAUGCAGAGGAGGAGGCGGGGCCUGGGGCUGAGCCUCUCACAGGACCAAACUUGGCCACAAGGGACUGGGGAGAUGAGACUGUUGGGACCACGGAUCUGCUGCAAGAAACAGACCCAGGAGCAGGAAAGCCUGAGCCUGGGAAGGACCCUGCAGCCAAGGGCUCAGGGGGAACUGAGGUCGGAAGUAGGAUGCCUACUGCUGCGGAGGCUGCCAUCAUGGUUCUGGACGACAGUGCAGCACCCCCAGCCCCCUUUGAACACCGGGUAGUGAAUGUCAAGGACACCUCGGUCUCAGCAGGCUACACAGUGUCCCAACAUGAAGUCUUGGGAGGGGGCCGGUUUGGCCAGGUGCACAGGUGUACAGAGAGGUCCACAGGCCUUGCGCUCGCAGCCAAGAUCAUCAAAGUGAAGAGCAUCAAAGACCGGGAGGACGUCAAGAAUGAGAUCAACAUAAUGAACCAGCUGAGCCAUGUGAACUUGAUCCAACUCUACGACGCUUUUGAGAGCAAGAACAGCUUCACCCUGAUCAUGGAGUAUGUGGAUGGAGGUGAACUCUUUGACCGGAUCACGGAUGAGAAGUACCACCUGACUGAACUGGACGUGGUCCUGUUCACGAAGCAGAUCUGCGAGGGUGUGCAUUACCUGCACCAGCACUAUAUCCUGCACCUGGACCUCAAGCCAGAGAACAUACUGUGUGUCAACCAGACAGGACAUCAGAUUAAGAUCAUCGACUUUGGGCUGGCUAGAAGGUACAAGCCUCGGGAGAAACUAAAGGUGAACUUUGGGACCCCAGAGUUCCUGGCCCCAGAAGUUGUUAACUACGAGUUUGUCUCCUUCCCGACAGACAUGUGGAGUGUGGGAGUUAUCACCUACAUGCUACUCAGUGGUUUGUCCCCAUUUCUAGGGGAAACAGAUGCAGAGACCAUGAAUUUCAUUGUGAACUGUAGCUGGGAUUUUGAUGCUGAUACCUUCAAAGGGCUGUCAGAGGACGCCAGGGACUUUGUUUCCCGGUUGCUGGUCAAAGAGAAGAGCUGCAGGAUGAGCGCCACACAGUGCCUGAAACAUGACUGGUUAAACCAUUUGCCUGCCAAAGCCUCAGGAUCCAAUGUUCGUCUCAGAUCCCAAUUAUUGCUGCAGAAAUAUAUGGCCCAGAGCAAAUGGAAGAAACAUUUCCAUGUGGUGACUGCAGUCAACAGGUUAAGGAAAUUUCCAACGUGUCCCUAAUCUUCAGCUCUGCUGCUCCACUGGGCCCAGGAAUGCUUGAGACAACAUGAGGUGGUCAUAUGAAGAGAUUACCCAAGAUUUUAUGUAGCCUGGCCUUUUGCUAUUAUUGAUUCCUCUUGGUUUGCAAAAAAUGGUGGAAGAAAGAGAGAGAAAGAAAAGAAGAAAAAAGAAGAAAAGAAAAAGGAAAAAAGCUAGGGAGGAAGAAAGGUUGCUGUUGCCUUCCUUGUGGAUAAAAAGUGUUUGGUUUGGUUUUUUAAGCUCUAGGAAUGUUUCUCUGCCUUGUAAGAUCACCAGGUCUGAUACACUGCUUCCUGCCUAGUAUCCUUUCUGUUGGUAAUAAGAGAAGGCUUGCUCAGGAUGGGCAGGGAAGUCCUACUUGGCUUUAGUCAAGUUUGAAUUCCAGACUUGUCAUGAUUGAAGAACUCAGUAAUGUGGGAAGUAUGGAUCUGGAAAGGGUUAGGGGCAAGAGUGGGGAAUGAAUAUGAUCAGAACAUAUUGUAUGAAAUCCUCAAAGAAUUAAUAAAAUAUAUUUUAAAAAAGGAAUCGGUAGAUUUGAGCUGCUUGCACCUGGUCAGAGAAGCUCCUUUCUGCAGUGGUGGUAGUGAGUGCCCAGACUGGGAACUGGGCAAAGAGCAGAGCAAGUAGGCUCAGCUCUAGGUGAGUCAUCUUAUUACCCUCCCACCAUCCAAGACUUGGAGAAAGUCACAUAAGGGAGGACAGAAAGAAUCUAAGAGUUAGGGAGGAGGAUGAGUGAGUGCUCUGAAGUGCUGUCUCCUAGACAUGACACAACUUUCGCAGGCAUCCAACUCACAGCAUCUGUAGCUACAAGAUCAAGUCAGUCAAAAGCGGAUGGGAGGGAACUCUUGAGGUUCACCCCUAUUGGUGGAGCUGUUGACAAUCGAUAGCUGAUGGGGUAGGGAGAAUCCUUCUCCUCCAGCCUCUAGUAGUAGCUGUUCAUACCCCUGGGAUGCUACAUUCUCAUGUGCAUAUGAGCAGUACUGUUAGACUUGGGAGUUUCCUAAUAGCAAAAAAAAAAAAAAAAAA